AUGGAUUCAGAAGAAAAAAAUCAUGCCACUGAAGAUGACUUGCCAUCUGACGAGAAGAAGAGAAGAGGUCCAACUCUCAUGUCCGAUAUUAUUCAUGGUAGGAGUAAGGGGGCUCGAAUGGAACUGACAUAUAACAAAAAGGGGCAACCAAUUGGUCUUGGAGGGAAGAGGCUAGCUACUUUUAUUGGGGUAAUGGCUCGAACUACUAUCCCAAUCACAUAUGAGACUUGGCCAGCAGUGAAGAAUUCACUUAAAGAAAUGAUAUGGAGCAUGGUUCAGGAAAUUCAUGAGGACCACUCAAAGAGACUAGCUUUGCAUGAGUAUGAUCAUCGAAUGUCUAGGAAAGGCUAUGCUAAUUUGGAAGAGAAACUAAAAAUGGAGUUAGGGACUGAAGACGAUAUUGAUAGAGCCAUCUUAUGGAAGAAAGGGCGUGUCUAUAAAGAUGGUAACUAUUUGAGUGAGACAACCAAACAACGUGUUGAGAAAAUUGAUGCUUUAACGAAAGAUGUGAGGGAGGGAAUUGUGUCCGCUGUUAGUAGAAACGACAUUUUGACUCAAGCUUUGGAGACACCUGAGCAAUCGGGCAGUGUAAGAGGUGCUGGACAAUUUGUUACACAUAAGGUGUACUUUAAUACAUCUAGAUAUAAGCCUGCAACCAAGACACAAUUGUUGGAACAGCAGUUGGAAUUGAUAAAAAACCAGAUCAACAUGUUUACUUUAUUAUUGGAUCCCGAGAAGUUGGAUCCAGUUAAACUAAACAUGAUGCGAGACAUGUUCAGAUCUAAUAAUGGAUCUGAAAAAGCUAGUUGCUCCGUCGACAAGGAGAAAAAUAAGUCUUCUAAGGAGGAGGUAUCUAAGGUGGCAUCGGAGAAAGAAAAUGAGAAAAAAGCUACUGCCAAAAAGGUUCAAAAAAUGGAUGAUACUCCACCUCCAAUUGACAGCAGUAGAGAGAGCAAGAAGGCAAAACAAUUGUAUAAAGGGGGACUGAUGAUGAGGCAGAGAGGAGCAUUGGAAGAUGACAAUGUGAUAACUUCAACAGAGAAAGCAUAUAUUCCUAUUGAGACAACAAAUGUUGUAAAAAAGGGGAAAAAAUGCAAGCUAGUAGUAGACACCAAAGAUAACAUUGUUGCAAUGGGAACUGUAAUAAUGUUGGAUGGGCCGAUACAUGGAGUGCCACUAGGAGCAGAAAAUAUACGUAUCUCAGUUGAUGUGCCCAUCAAGGAAGAUGCUAAACUCCCCAUCCCAAAUGUGUCAGCUGAAAUUUUUACAGUAAAGCAAGCUACCGGUACUCAUGCCGCUUGGCCUCGACAUCAUGUUUUAAUGUCACAUGAAGAGGUAUAUAAUUUAGAACUCAAUGAGCACUUGGAAGUAUUCGAGUAA